GUCGGCAGCAGAUGGUGGAUACGGCCCGGGGCUGCGGCGGGGACAGCGAGGGGAUGCGCCAGCCGCGCUCCGCCCGCCCUUAGCCCCCGGCCCCGCUUCUUCUUCUUCUUGUUCUUCUUCUCCUCCUGCUCCUCCUCUUCUUCCUCUCUCCGCGCCGCUCCGCUCCGCGCCCCCCAUGAGCCGCCCCGCGCCGCCGCCGCCCCGCCGCGCCGCCGCGCUCCUCCUGCCGGCAGCCCGCUGCCGCAGCGCCCCGGCCAAGCGGCUCCCGCCGCUGCACGACGGCCCCGCCGAGGAGGCUCCGGCCGCCAAGUGCCCGCGCCUGGCCGAGUGCCCCGGCGGAACCCCGGACUGCCUGAGCGCCCCCGGAUCGCCCUGCGCGCCCGCCUCGCCCGCGGCCGGCGGAGGGGCGGCGGGGAAUGUGGGCACGGCGGGGCCCAGCCUGAUCGCCUCCUAUCUGCUGCUGCCGCUGGCCGAGCGCGAGCAGGUGUCCCGAGCGCUGAGCGUCAGCUCCGGCAGGGAGCUCCGCUGCAAGGUGUUCCCUCUCAAACACUACCAGGACAAGAUCCGGCCCUACGUCCAGCUGCCCUCGCACCGCAACAUCACCGGUGUGGUGGAGGUGAUCCUCGGAGACACCAAGGCCUACGUCUUCUUCGAGAAGGACUUUGGGGACAUGCACUCCUACGUGCGGAGCUGUAAGAGGCUGAGGGAGGAGGAGGCCGCCCGGCUUUUCCGGCAGAUCGUGGCGGCCGUCGCUCACUGCCACCAGUCGGCCAUCGUGCUUGGAGACCUCAAGCUCAGGAAAUUUGUCUUCUCCAAUGAAGAGAGGACGCAGCUGAGGCUGGAGAGCCUGGAGGACACGCACAUCAUCAAGGGCGAGGAUGACGCGCUGUCGGAUAAACACGGCUGUCCCGCCUACGUCAGCCCUGAGAUCCUCAACACAACGGGGACGUACUCGGGGAAGUCAGCCGACGUGUGGAGCUUGGGAGUGAUGCUCUACACCCUGCUGGUGGGACGCUAUCCCUUCCACGACUCGGACCCUAGCACUCUGUUUUCCAAAAUCCGCCGCGGACAGUUCUGUAUUCCUGACCACGUCUCCCCCAAAGCCCGAUGCCUCAUCCGCAGCCUCCUGCGGCGGGAGCCCUCUGAAAGACUCACAGCCCCAGAGAUCCUGCUCCAUCCCUGGUUCGAGGCGGUCCUGGAGCCAGGAUAUACAGACCAGGAGACAGGGACUUCCGAUCAAAUCGUUCCAGAAUACCAUGGAGACAAUGACGAUAUCAGUUCCUUCUUCUGCUAACCCUGAAAUCUCACGAACCUCGUCAUUCUCACCUCUGGCAUCUCCGUAGGGUUUCAUUAUUUUAUUUUUAUUUUUCCACGUUAUAGACUCAAAGCAUCUUAAAGUGCCAGUAUGGUCAGAAAAGUGACCUUGUUUCAGAUAAACGUCGACCCACAGAUCUCUGCGUGAUCUCCCUGCCGGCAGCUUGGUCCUGCUGCCCGGAGGAACCACAUGGCUCUGCUCCUGCCUCCUGUGCCCUCUGCCCUUUCCCACUGCAUUUUGGCUGCAGAGCCUUAUUGCUGGCAAUGUGGAGAGAGGCAGAGCCAGCCCUCGGCUUCCCCAUUUGCCCCAGGUUGUAUGGACAGUGAUUUGCAGCAGGUUAGGGGCACAGGACAUAUCUCUGAGCAAAUCUGACAAAUUAGGGUAUUUUUUAUUUUCUUUGUUCGUUUUUAAAGUUGGGGGAGUUGACUUGGUGUCUUGCAAAGCAGUUUUCUGACUGUAAGUGCACUUUAGAGAGGGAAGGAGGUCUUCAUCAGCACAUCAGCUGCCUGCUCGUUGCUCCAGUCAGUUGUAUUUCCAUAGGGAUGAAGCUGUAAGAUCCUCCCAUAAGAGAGAUCCCUGCUGCAAUUGCUGUCAGGACCUUUCUGACAUGGGGGGAAGGGGGAGUAGCUGAUCUCCAGCUGGAUCCCCUCUGAUGCCAUUCGCUGAAUGCAAAAUCGUUUUAAAUAGCCUUCAGCCUCAAGUUACUGCAGCAUGUCCUGUGCGACUUCAUGCCCUCAGCAGGCUGGUCAGGCAGCAAGUCUCAGCUCCCAGUGCCAAAAUGUAUCUGUUUUCCCAAACGUAACACUAUCAGGAGGGCACCUUGCCUUGGACAGCGAUAGGGGCAUCUUGUACAGUAUAUGUAAACAUGUUCAUGUCUUCCUACAGGCUCAAUUCUUCUUCCCGCCCCCUUGCUCCUAGAAAGUCAGUCUUAAGAAUAAAAUCUCCCUAUGCCCUUAAGUUGAUUAUUCAGGUAUGUUGUUGGCCUGUGGCUAUGUGUUUGUUGUUUUUUUUUCCACCCCCCCCCCUCCCCUUGAAUUUUGUUCUUUUGUUUUGCAUGAUUAUUCAUAGUCUUUCCAAUGUGUGUGGAUAACAAAUAGACCUAAAUCAUUAGCUUCCCAGGUUGGGGGUAAGCAAAGCUUAGCCCUGCCUCAGAUUCCUCUGUUCCACACCUUUGUGCCCAGUGGCUCACACAGAAGUGGCCGUUUGCGUUAGGGAGAGCGCAGUGCCCAGUGGAUGUGAGGUGGGCGAUGGGGUCAUCCCUGGGGUGGUCCGGCGUUGAGCCGCCGGUGCACUGCAGGAAUACCAUGUAUACCUCAUGGACUGUGUGCUUUGUGCAUACCUUACAUGUGGGGGGUUGUUUUGUUGUCGUUGGGCUUUUUUAUGUUUCGUUCCAUUGUUCUUUGUCCUAAUAAGAGGUGUCAAAGAGCAAUUUAAUGUGAAUUAUUGUUGGCAAUACUAACUUGACAGAAUCAUGAGCAUUAAGAGCAGGGCACUACAGCUCUCCGUUGCACUAAACCUCUCAUGAUUGCUUGACAUUUGUAUCUGUGAUACAGUUUAACCCUUCUAUGAAAAAGAACGGUGAAUUUGUAUAUAUUGGUAGAAAAAUCUGCUAGAAAAGCUGGAAACACUAUGUCCAACUUGUAAAUAUGUAGAUAUCUGUGGAAACCUGGAUGAUAAAGUCUGACUUGUAGAAAGUUUUAAUAAACUUGGUUUCAUAAUAUUUGCUCCCAUUCCUGGUGGUGUCUCAGGGUGAACGUUGGGCUUUUCCUCAAACGGUGGGGUUUGGCCUCAGAGCACAUCAGCUCGUGGCCAUUGCCUGCAGGUGGCCCAUCACCCCCUGGUUGGAGGUGAGAGGGGACUGGGGAGGUGGAAAGGGCACGGCUCUCCCAAGAGCUAUAUGGGACAGGGCGUCCUGUUUGGUAAGGAUGGGGAAGAUAAGUGACUGCUUCGGAAGAGUCAGCCUGAUUUAGCUGUUGGAUUUCUGCCGCCCAACUUAAGUCACCCUGCUGCCUUUCAGCCUAUGCAUUCUUUUAUAACUGGGUGCAGAUGGCAGCAAAAGGUUGUCCUCCUGCACUUGCCUGCCUGGCUAUGGGAUGUGCAAACCAGUGGAAAAUUGGGUCUCAGGUGUCUCCAAGGGAGCAGCUCUGAGAGCUGCUGGAAGGCUGGAGGUGGGCUCUGCUGCUGCCGGCGGAAGCACAGAAGCUGCCCUGUGCUCUUGUUAAAAAUGAGCUGAAAGCUGACAGAGCUGCUGUGCUUUGUGGCUGGGAGCGAGGCAUAUAAAUAGCAGCAGUAUCAAGGUUAGAGAAUGUGCUUUCCUGAAAGAGCUCGAGCCACUCUUGUAAUCCACCCUGAGCAGUGAGAUCAUCGCUUGCAAGUACAGAGGAGGAGGUAGAGAAGCUCGGUUUUUAUUUAUACUUUGCCUCAUGCUUAACUUUGUCCUUUUUCUUGAAAUCUGUUCACCAGAGCAACUGCUUCCUGGCAGGUCUUGGAGCCAGGGUGGCUUUGAGAAAGGCUCUGCUCUUAGAAAGUGAGCUGAGAGCAAGGUGAGGGGAUGGGAGCUGGUCAGUGACAAAGAGCGGUGCGAUGGCUGUAAUUAGGUGCCUUGCCUCCCACUCUGACAAACCAGCAAUCUGUGCAGUAAGCAUAUUUUCUUGGAGCUCUCUGAGUGAAUGUCAGACACCAAAAUAUCUCAAGUUACUUGACUGAUGUUAUUCUUGCAAAAGUUGUAAAAAUACAUGCACAGCAUCGCCCAGCUGAUUGAAUUACCGCUGCCCUGCCAUACCUUCAGCCUUGGAUCUGAGCCCUGAUGCAUCUGCUUAGAACAACAGCAGGAGGUUCAUAGGUUCAUGCUUCAGUGAAGCUUUGACAAUGUCUAAAGCAUACGUAUAAAUAUAUAUAUACUUUUUUUUGCCUGCAGUGAAGUCACCCUCAGUAGGUGAAUGAAUAGGUCACCCCAUGA